AUGAUGGAAAGCAAUUACUACAACCCAAGGGAAUUCAUCUUCCUGGGAAUCACCAGUGAUCCAGACUUAAAAGUCCCCCUUUUUGUUCUCUGCCUUAUCAUUUAUUUGUUCAUUGUUUUAGCUAAUCUUGGGAUGAUCAUAUUAAUCAGGAUAGAAACCCAACUGCAUUUACCCAUGUACUUCUUCCUUAGUCACAUGUCCUUCUGUGACCUCUGCUACCCCUCAGCCAUUGGCCCCAAGAUGCUGCUGGAUUUCUUUGCCAAAGAUAAAUCCAUUUCCUUCACUGGUUGUGCUCUGCAAAUGUUCUUUGAUUCUUUCUUUGGAGAUUCCGAUUGUUUGCUAUUAGCAGUAAUGGCCUUUGAUCGCUACAUGGCCAUAAGCAACCCUCUGUUUUAUACAGUAAAUGUGUCUAGUCGGGUUUGCUACUCAUUAAUUACUGGUGUCUACAUGGUGGGACUUACAGAUACUCUAAUCCAUACUACUUUAACCUUCACAGUGAGUUUCUAUAGGUCCAAAGAGAUCAACCAUUUCUUCUGUGAUAUCCCUCCCCUUUUAUCACUCUCUUGUUCUGAUACCCAGAUCAAUGAGCUGAUGCUCUUCAUCGUUUUUGGCUUCAGUGAAAUGGUCACCAUUUCAGAAGUCCUCAUCUCUUACUGUUACAUAUUUUUGUCUGUGUUGAAAAUCCACUCAACUGAAGGCAGAAGUAAAGCCUUUUCUACCUGUAGCUCUCACAUAACUGUUUUUACUAUUUUCCAGGGUACCGUCCUUUUUAUGUACUUCAGACCAAGUUCUACACAUUUACUAGACCAAGACAAAAUGACCUCCUUGUUUUAUACCCUUGUCAUUCCCAUGUUAAACCCCUUGAUCUACAGUUUGAGAAACAAAGAUGUGAAGAAGGCUCUGGGAAAGCUAAGAAACAAACUAACUUUUUAA